AUGGAAAGGAGAAUGAUGCCAAUUCGUAUGGUUCUGCCAUCAUUUGCACCUUUGAAGCGUACUAGGGUAACAAGAUCAUUGAGGUCACUUCAACUAAGGUUUAUUUCUAGUGAGAUUCAGCAGAAAGAUGAACAAGCUGGAGAAUCUAGCACAGCUACCGAUACAGGAGUGAUUCACAAAACUGAGCAGGAAACAUUGAUCUAUUUCGAUAAUGUCUACCCUAGAGCAGCAUCUCUAUGGAGUCCUACUCAAUGGUACAAUUUCCUGUUGACAAAUCAAUCAAGAGAAGCAGUCCGUAGCAAGAUUUUGAGCUUCGCAAGCCCCAAAAGCAACCCUAUUCAUGGCUUAGAGUUGAGAUCGACGAUACCGGUCAAAAGAGAUGGUGGUGUUUUUGCAACUUUUCUCGUUCCCCACACGUAUAGCAAAGCAGAGGUUAACUCAAUGAUUCAAAAAAACACCGCUGAAGAAUCAUCUAAGUCACUGUUAUCCUUCUUUACUAAAGCUGCGGCCUUUCCCGUUAAAGGUUCUCCGUGGAUUGAAGAUUUGCGAAGGCUUCCAAAUACGACUGUUAAAGUUCAAUUUGAAAAUCAAAUACUAACAGAAGAAGAGAUUUAUUCACUAUUCAGGCGUUAUGGUACAAUUAUAGAUAUAUUCCCUCCAAACGGAAACGAAAAAUCUGCAAUAAUCAAGUAUAGGUCCUAUCGCGCUGCAAUAUGUGCGAAAAACUGUGUAUCAGGAAUGGAAGUCCAUAAUAGCACAAUUCAUGUUCAAUAUGAAAAAACUGCUAAGGGACACAUGGUCAAAGAUUUUUUCGUUGAUCAUCCUAGAAUUUCGGUUCCACUUGUAUUCGCUUUGCUUUCUAUUGUUGCUGUUUUGAUCUUCGAUCCUAUAAGAGAGUUCACAAUUAGUCAAAAAAUAACCCACAGGUUCUCUCUGACUCGCGAUAAUUAUCUUGUAAAGGAAUUGUUCAAAUUAACUUCAUCGACUAUGUCCUCUGUAAGAAGUCUACUCGGUUCUGAGGGUGUUAAAACCACAAAGAAACAACUCUGGGAAGAGCGCGUAGAAAAAGUGAACGAUUUGAAAAUGUGGUUGGAAGAGAAUAAUAACACCUUCGUGAUUGUAAGGGGCCCGCGUGGAUCCGGAAAACAUGAGUUAGUAGUCCAGCAUACUCUUCACGACAGACCUAAUGUUUUGUAUCUUGAUUGUGAUAAACUUAUUAAAUCGAGAACAGAUACUAAGUUUUUGAAGAACGCAGCUUCUCAACUAGGAUACUUCCCCAUUUUUCCUUGGGUGAAAUCUUUUACCAAUUUAAUAGACCUAGGAGUGCAGGGUUUGACUGGUCAAAAGACGGGCUUAUCUGAGAGUAAGGAGACACAGUUCAGAAACAUGUUGAGCACUGCUCUAAUGUCCAUUAGACAGAUUGCCCUGAAAGGGUACAAACCAGUCAUUGGCAGCGGAGAAGAUAGAAUAACUGUGAAAGAAGAAGACUAUUUACAACAGCAUCCAGAAAAAAAACCCGUCAUUGUUAUUGAUAGGUUCAAUAAUAAGGCAGAAACUAACGGAUUUGCCUAUAAAGAACUUUCUGAUUGGGCGGCGAUGUUGGUUCAAAUGAAUAUCGCGCAUGUUAUCUUUUUAACCGAAACUGUAUCGCCCAAUCAGCUACUAUCGGAGUCAUUGCCCAACCAAGUUUUCAAGACACUUGUUUUGUCUGACGCUUCCAAGGAAUCCGCAAAAUCCUAUGUUUUAGCUUCUUUAGAGCAAUCGAAUCAAUUAUCUGUGGAUGAAGAAACGUCUCAUCCAAAAGUUGUUGAACUCUCCGAGGAAGUAAAGAAAGAAAUUGAUUUUUGUUUAGAACCUCUAGGUGGUCGUAUGCUCGAUCUUCAGGCUUUUGUAAGACGGGUCAAAUCUGGCGAAAAACCACGAGAAGCUCUGGAAAAAAUGGUGGAACAAGCUUCGGAACAAAUCACUCAAAUUUUUUUAAAUGAGCAUGUAGAUGGAAUCCGAAGUGCCCAAACCUGGGAGCUCAUCCAAUUAUUAAGCAAGGAUGAAAGUGUGUCUUUCGAAGACAUAAUAUUUCGUCCCUUGUUCAAGUCAGCUCCUGAGGCAGGCUUACUAGAGCUAGAAAAAAAUGGAUUAAUCACAGUUUCGAGGGAUCGAGGCGUACUGAAGGAAAUAAGGCCUGCGAAACCCUUAUUUAGGGCAGCAUUCAGCUACCUUUUAAAGAAUCCAGAAAUUUCUACAGUGCUUGAAACUGGUUAUCUCCUGCGUGUAGUAGCUUUUGAAACAGGCAGAAUAAAAAAAUGGGAGGAAGAAUUAAAAUCAUUGGGUAAAGUAAGCGAUCAAAAAAUGUUCAAGAGUAGGCUUGCGUAUUUAGCUGCCAAAAUUGACGCGAGUGUUUCAACAAUUGAAGACUGUGAGUCUCAGAUCAAAAUGCUGGCUGAAAGCUCAAAGUAA